CUACACAAUUACGCUCAUCUCCAGAAAACAAAGCAAAAGGAGAGGGGAAAAAAAAAGUAGGAGGAGGAAAAAAUGGAGAAAGAAAUGAAAUCAUAAACCCUAGCGCAUCAUUCAUCGGUCUCGAGUCGGCCAACGAUGUCGAGGAAUCGAGUGGCCGGUUACGAUCGAGACGUCGGGUGCUGCAGCUGCCUAGGGUUCCUGAUGAAAUCAUGGAGGGGGAUGAGCUCCUCCUGCACUGAAGAAGAUCACGAGUUCUUGAUCGACGAUGAAGGCGUUAACGGAUACAAGGGCAAUGUCAGGUCACUGAAGCGUUCGUCUUCUUUCCCCGCGCAAAAUCGCGCGAUUUGUCGAUUGAAUCCGGUUAAGGUCACCACUAAUCUCACCAGAGGCCAGGAUGCUGAUGGAAACAAAAUGAUAAAUGAAUAUGUUAGAGUGUGUAAUAUAGGCAGCGGAAGCUAUGGUAAAGUGGUUUUGUAUCAAAGCAAAAAUGACGGCAAGCAGUAUGCAAUUAAGGCAUUUUACAAGUCUCGUUUGUCGAAGGUUCAUGUUACAUCUUUUGAAACAGCAAUGACAGAUGUCCGUAGAGAGGUUUCCAUCAUGAAAUUAUUAGAGCAUCCAAAUUUAGUAAAUCUUGUUGAGGUGAUUGAUGAUUCAGAAUCAGAUCGUUUUUAUAUGGUUUUAGAAUAUGUGGAGGGCAAGUGGAUUUGUGAUGCCUCAGGAACGUGUGGAGGGAUAGGAGAAACCACUGCUAGAAAAUACCUGCGGGACAUAAUUGCUGGGUUAAUGUAUCUACAUUCUCAUGACAUUGUGCACGGAGAUAUUAAACCUGAAAACCUGUUGGUAACAGGAACUGGUUCUGUUAAGAUUGGUGAUUUUAGUGUUAGCCAAGCUCUUGAGGAUGACGAUGAGGAUAUCUGGAGGUCUCCAGGAACUCCAGUUUUUACUGCACCCGAAUGUUGUUUAGGUUUUAGUUAUAACGGUAAAGCUGCGGAUGCAUGGGCUCUGGGCAUUACAUUGUACUGCAUGAUACUUGGUAAGUGCCCAUUUAUUGGGGAAAGUCUGCAAGAUACUUAUGACAAGAUAGUUAACCGUCCAUUAUGUAUUCCUGAAGAGCUUGAUCCUGAGCUCAAAGACUUGCUCGAGAGACUACUUUCGAAAGAUCCUAGGCACAGGCUGACAUUAGAUGCUGCAGCCGAGCAUCCUUGGGUGGUUCGGGUGGAUGGGCCAAUUCCUCGGUCAUUAUGCAGAUGUAAAAAUACUACCAUGGAGGAGGAGGACAAUUCCUCGGAUGCCGAAGGAGAGUGCUGAUUGCACCUGAUAUAACAACAGUUUCUCAUUGUAAUCGCCCUCCAGCGAUCAAUCUGAGAGUGAUUUUGGCAUUGGUGAUUUUUAACCCUGAUGUAGUAUAGACUGAGCGUGACAGGGAUCAAAUCCCAAUCUUUGUGGGUUUUCUUUGGCAUGCCCAACUACUUGUGUUAAUGUUGUUGAUUUAUUUAUAUUGCCAUUUUUGUAGGAGGUAUGUUGCUUCUUCCUCUUCAUUUGAAUCUGCUAUUGGAAAUUUGGAAUGGAUGGAAAAAUAUGAUGUAGCAGCAGCCAGACUAUGGCAGCGCUUUAAUGGUUUCAUUUGGAACAAUACACAGAAUUCUGUUAAAGAAA